AUGCUGGCAUGCAAGUUUGCCUUUCCCCCCUUUUUUUGGCGUGGAGGCAUGCAAGAAUUCGUGGCUGGCUUUCAAGCUGUCUUGUUACUAAGCGGAUUAUUUGGCAUCAUGGAAGAAAUCUUUAUCUUGGGUACUUUGCCACAGGACAUAAGUGAUGUGUCCAAAUCUACAGUUGGUCAGCUGCAAGCAGCAGAUCAGGAAGCAAGUUCCCAGUCAAGCCAGCAGGCAGGGCAACCACAUAUGAAUCCAUCAUAUCAGUUGUCUCAACCAAAAUUGGAAACUGGAGUUUCAGAAAAUGAAAACUUUAUCCAACAGGAGGAACACCAUUACCAGCCAGAACAAGAGCAGCCACGUUGUGAGAAUCAAGUGCAGCAGGCAGAAACAAAUAGCUUCCAGUUGGCAGAAAAAGGAACAGACUAUGUUGGUCAACAGAGUUUGACAGGCUCCAUGGUAGAUGUCGCUCAGCCUUCAGGAGAUCAGCAGCAUGUAAAUCCAGUUGUCGGUCAGCAAGCACCGCAUGGUGCCCAGGAAACAAGGAAGAGGGGAUAUCAGCCAUCUAUACCAUUUAAUAUGUUGAUUCCAAUCCUACAGGCGCAUCUUGACAGAGAUAAAGACAUGCAGCUUCAAUCUGUAUGGGCAAAACUUAGGCGUAAUGAAGUCCAUAAAGAUGAUUUCUUAAGAGUCAUAAGGAAUAUCGUUGGGGAUCAAAUGCUCAAGCAGGCGGCUCAUAAAGUUUUUGCACAGAUGCAAGCUCAGGCACAACGAAAUAAUAACCAGGGAAAUGCAAAUCAACAUCCUUCGUCAUCUCUAGCAUCUACAGCUGCGAGUGGAUCGGCAAAAUUGCCUGAUCAGCUAGUUCGCAUGCCCACCCCACCUAACCAGGGCCACAAAAGCCAGGGAUCAUCUUCACCUCAGAACUUUGUGCCACUUUCAGGCACACAAAUGCAAAGCAGCAUGCAUUACUUUGCUCAUGAUAAUUCUAUCCAAAAGCCAGAUGUAAAGGGGGUGCAUGCUGUGCCGAAUCGACCACCUGGUAUGAGCUUGCCAAUUCCACUACAGACAAGUAACAAACAGCUGCAACCCACGGAAAUCCAGCAAGCCUCACAGCAAUUAUAUGGAACUACUAACACCCCUCAGUCGUACCCUCGGCCAACCAGUGGUUCGAUGCCUCUUAGACCACAGAGUCAAGCGCCUGAAACACGACCUCCCUUUCAUCCUCAUGGAAGGAUUCCUGCGAAAAUCGGAACCGUUCCUACUCAUCCGACAAUGCAACAGAAUGCAUCGGCACGCCCAAUGCAACAAAACAAGGAUAUAAAAAAUAAUGCUUAUAACCCAAGUGCUAAUACAAAACAAGGUUCUGAGCCUGCAGGCAAGGCCCGCCAGGUUGGCCCAGGAGGUCCUUCGGCGAAAUCGCAAGGAAAGCAGGCGGCCCCUAAAACAUCUACACCACCUGCUGCAAGGACUAAGAAAUCUGGUGGCCAGAAGAAAUCAUUGGAAACGGCUGGUUCAGCACCACCACCAACCAGCAAAAGACAAAAGACAGCUGGAGCCUUCCAGGAACAAAGCAUCGAUCAACUUAAUGAUGUCACAGCUGUUAGUGGUGUUAAUCUUAGGGAAGAAGAGGAACAACUGCUCUCUGCCCCCAAGGAAGAGAGCGCAGCCACAGAAGCAGCACGGAGAAUCGUACAGGAGGAGGAAGAAAACCUCUUUCUGCAGAAGGGCCCUCUUCUGAAGAAAUUAGCAGAAAUCGUUCUUAAAUCUAACUUGAAGAACGCUGACGCUGAUGUUGGACGUUGUUUAUCAAUGUGUGUGGAGGAGCGAUUGCGAAGAUUCAUAAGUACUCUCAUAAGAGUUUCAAAGCAGAGAACCGAUGCAGAAAAGACUGGUCAUCGACUAGUUAUUACUUCAGAUGUCGGCCGUCAAAUUUUGCAGAUGAACCAGAAAGCUAAAGAAGAAUGGGACAAAAAGCAAGCAGAAACUGACAAGAACAAGAAACAGACUGAGGAUGGGAGCAGUGGUGGCGCAGAAUUGGAGAAAGAAAAAGAGGAAAGCCGUCCAAAGAAUGCAAAGCCCAACAAAGAAGAAGACGAUAAAAUGAGAACAACAGCUGCAAAUGUUGCUGCUCGGCAGGCAGUUGGAGGAAGUGAUAUGUUUUCAAAGUGGCAGCUGAUGGCCGAACAAGCUAAGCAGAAGCGGGCACCAGCUCCAAGACCAUCCCAUGCAUCUGGAAAAGGGUCUGCAGAACGCAGUGAGGCUUCAAAGAGGAGCCAUCUUGCGGCCUUUGGAACUGGAGGCACGGAAAGGCAAGGCAAGGGUUCAUUUGCGAAUCGCCACUCGCAUGGGCCUCAGCGAACUGUUUCCGUGAAGGAUGUAAUCUGCGUCCUGGAGAGGGAGCCUCAGAUGACGAAAUCGCGGCUGAUCUAUCGGCUGUAUGAGCGAUUGCCUGGAGAGUCCACCACAGAUUAG